AUGAAUAACAUAACAUGCCUCAGUGACUUAAAUGGAAAGGGAAAACUCGGAAACAACUACACUUUGCCGUUCAUUCUUCUAAAUACAGAUGAACUCUAUCAGAAAAACGUUUUCACGGUAACUGAUCUCACUGCCCAUGAAAAUCCAAAUAUUCUACGAAAUAUCUCCAGAACGUCAUUUGCUUUAGGCUCAUAUGAGUUCUAUCCUGGACAGACAUUUGCAUUGACGAUUUUGCCAGGGGCUCGUCAUCUCUUCGAUGCCUUUGUAAAUGAUUACAAGCGAAACAGCGGGAAACAUUUUCAUUAUCUGGUUUUGGAGAGGGAUUGGUUUCACAAUGAUGGAGGCAUCGAAACGGAGAAUGGGAUUUUCAAAAAUCAAAUGAUAUUUUUGCUAUUUAAUUUCAAGUAUUGUUUCGGGAAGUAUGGGUUUGAAGGUAUUGUAAACAAUAUCAAGUUUAUAACACCUGAUACUGUUCCCCUAUACCUUCAGCAAACUAAACCAUUAUUCAACCGGAUACUCAAUCACUGCGGGGAAAAAUGGGUAAUGGAUAAACAAAACGUCUUCCGUGAAUAUUUUGCUUCUUGGUUGCGCGGGAACAGUACGACAGCAAAGAGAAAAUUACCAAAACAACUAGGAAAUAUACAAGAAGCUAAGAGGAGAACGAGGUCUAUGGGAACGCAUGAAGCAAAUUUGUCCCUAGAAGAAGAUCGCUCUGAUUCUUGGGUUCAUCGAGAAGAUACCGCUUUCUCAAGUGUUGAUGACAUGGGCACUAAUGAUUUGAGGGACCAAAAGUUGAAUCAUAAUAAUAUGAAAGAUAAUCUUUUUUCGAAAACACAGGCAAAUUUUUUUCUGCCAAGUCAUCAAGUCAAACAGGAAAGUGAUUACAGCAGAUAUCAUGAAAUGAUGAAGCAACAACCGCAACCCGAAAAUUACGAAGAUGAUGAGGGUGAAGAUGACAUGUUCCAAAGUUCCCAAGCUUUGUAUGAUCGUCAAGGGAAGCUUUCAACUAGAAACACUAAUCAAAGCAGUGCUCGUUCCGUGAGCUUUUUACUACGAUCUACUGACGGAGAUAAUCUGACGCAGGUCAGAAUCUCUGCGUACUUAUUGAGUGUUGAUACUGGUGAUGAUAUUACGGCCAACUCUCUAUAUCAAGAUUGUUUACAAAAGCAUGGAUAUGAUUCACAGGAAAAAAACAUCAUGAUUAGUUAUAAUGGGAAACAGAAUAUUUUUUUAGGUUUUAGAUUGGUGAUGUGCGAUACAAAUCUUCCUGCUUCCGAAUACUUGAAUGUCUAUUUCAAUGAGGAGCAGCAAAUGAUCAAAUUCUUUGGAUAUGAUACUAAGGAAGAAGCCGUAUCUAAAAAGAAGAAAAUAUCCAAUAAAUUGUUUUCAAUGGAGAAACAUCAAAGAAUAUCAAAUAAACCCAAACUUCAAUUCAAAGUAACCAGAAGAACUUAUGAAAACAAAUUUGGUUUUAAGAAAGUAUGUUGGAGGUAUGAUGAUGAUAAGACUUUAGAUGAUUUAUUGGAACAAACUGAAUGA